AUGGACACUCCUCCUGCUUCCGUAACCAUCGACCUCCCGCCUGCCUCUGCGCCUCUCAUUGAUGGACUCAUUGAUGUUAAUGAGGUAGUACUACCACUGGUACCUACUGGUCUCGAUGAAGUUUCUCAAAAAGGUGACCUCGACGAGGAACCCGCAAAAGAAACAGUCUUCGUUCGUUCUAUGGGAGCGUGGUCAAAACCACUCCUCUUUACCCCUCCACCUACUCCUCCUGAACCUGCUACUCCUAAGCUCGGUGUCUCAGAGAAAAAAAUGCCUCCUCCUGCUCUCAAAGCUGAUGGUAGUCUUCGAUUUCCAUGGGCUGCUCGCAUGAACCAAUCCUCGAGAAACCUUUUUCGUGCUACUGAACCGACGUAUCGACUUGAUGGAACUCCUGAGGUGACAAUUCCUUCUAAAGUUCUUAAACUAGGGCCUGAGAAUAAGGAAGAAUACGUUGUAGGACAAUUCCAUAGGUGUUCCAACCCGCCUGGAGGUCUUAUUCAUGCUGUUAUUCAACGUGGCGUGUGGCAUGUGGAUGAUUGUCUCCUAUUUGUGGCCCCUUGGAGUCCUGUAAACUCUUUUAAAACCCCUGAGAUUUCUACAUUACCGGUGUGGGUAACCCUUAAGAAUAUUCCUGAUUCAUGUUUCUCUAGAUUAGGUAUCAGCCACAUAGCAUCAGGUUUGGGAGAGCCAAUGCUUACGCAUAAGCCUCGUCUAGAUCCAACAAAUAUGGAGGAAGCUAAAAUUUUAGUUGAGGUUGAAUUAGAUAAACCGUUCCCGAAGCUAAUUGCGCUUGAUGACAAACAAGACAAUAUCUACUUGGUAGAUGUGGAGUAUUCUUGGAUUCCUAGCGCUUGUGAAAGAUGCGGAGCACUUGGCCAUAAAGAGAAGAGGUGUUUACUUCCUCCUAAGCCACUUGGAUCUGCUGCUGUUAUAAAAGAAAAUCAUGAUACCAAUGAAGAGAUCCCAACGGUGGAUAUAGUUCUGUUGUUGCAAAACACCCCUAGUACACAUGUCAACCACUUGGAGCCAAACUCACAAUCACCUUCUGCCCAUAGAGUACAUGAGACUCCAAAAAACUCUUCUGUUACUGCUCAUCCCGAGGAUGCAACUUCUGAUCCGAUCACACAUUCGCAUAGGUACACUCCACCUCUUGCUCAAAGUUGGUUACAAAUUAUGAAAGAAAUUCCAUCACAAGUUAACAUUUUGGAAGUCUCUCACGCUUCUGAAAAUGAGCAACCCAUUGGUCGUCACUCGCCUAUCACUCAAAACCAUCAUCAUUUCCACAUGGAGCCGGAGAGUCCUCUCGCUUAUGGGAAAGAGACUGGUGUAGAUGUGGUUGGAGAAACUUCUAGUUAUAACCUAACUAGAGGAGGAAGACCAAUAAAACCAACUCAAAAGUUUCAAGAUAUGGAAUGGACAAAUACUUAUGAGUGA